GUUUCCACUUGUUGCAAGCAGUGACAUUUUAGCUUGCCCGCUACGACGCUGAUUGACUCCCCAUUGACCCCUCCGAAGCCGAAGACUCCAGGAUCCCUCUCCAAAGUUUCGUCAUUACCUCAGCCCGCAGGUACUUUCUUUAUUUGACCCCCUCCUUCCCCCCCCAUUGGAAAUCCCUCUCCGUUGAGUAAUCUCUUCUUCUCCAACUCAUUUCAUCUUGCCUUUUGCUUCUUGUUCUUCCAAACAACCCAACGCUUGAGGAAUCUCGUAAACUAAGAUACCCUACAAAAGCUUACAAGAUGUCUGGACCUGUCGCUCGCCUAGCGAACAUCAUUGUUGGCGGAGCUGUGAAGCCGGGCUCCCAGUCCCAAUCCCAAAGUCAGACAAGUGCUAACGAUGCUCCAAGCGCUGAUAUCGGCCUCAUCGGCCUGGCCGUCAUGGGUCAGAACCUGAUCCUCAACAUGGCCGACCAUGGCUUCACCGUCUGCGCCUUCAACCGUACCGUUUCCAAGGUCGACGACUUCCUUGCCAACGAGGCCAAGGGCAAGUCGAUCGUUGGUGCCAAGAGCACCGAGGAGUUCGUCUCCAAGCUCAAGUCCCCCCGCCGCAUCAUGCUCCUCGUCCAGGCCGGCAAGCCCGUCGAUGACUGGAUCGAGACCCUCCUCCCCCUCCUCGAGAAGGGCGACAUCAUCAUUGAUGGCGGCAACUCUCACUUCCCCGACAGCAACCGCAGGACAAAGUACCUUGCCUCCAAGGGCCUCCACUUCGUUGGUUCCGGUGUCUCUGGUGGUGAGGAGGGUGCCCGCUUCGGCCCUUCGCUCAUGCCCGGUGGUGAUGAGGCUGCCUGGCCUCACAUCAAGGACAUUUUCCAGGCCAUUGCUGCCAAGAGCGACGGCGAGGCCUGCUGCGAGUGGGUCGGUGACGAGGGUGCUGGCCACUACGUCAAGAUGGUCCACAACGGUAUUGAGUACGGUGACAUGCAGCUCAUCUGCGAGGCCUACGAUAUCAUGAAGCGCGGUCUCGGCCUUUCCAACAAGGAAAUGGGUGAUGUGUUUGCCAAGUGGAACAAGGGCGUUCUCGACUCUUUCCUCAUUGAGAUCACCAGGGAUAUCAUGUACUUCAACGACGACGAUGGCACUGCUCUCGUCGAGAAGAUUCUCGACAAGGCUGGCCAGAAGGGUACCGGCAAGUGGACUGCUGUCAACGCCCUUGACCUGGGCAUGCCUGUCACCCUCAUCGCCGAGGCUGUCCUUGCUCGCUGCCUGUCUGGCAUCAAGGAGGAGCGUGUCAAGGCCUCCACCAAGCUCGAGUUCGUCGGCCGUGCCAACAAGUUCGAGGGUGAUAAGGAGCAGUUCUUGGAGGACCUCGAGCAGGCUCUCUAUGCUUCCAAGAUCAUCUCUUACGCCCAGGGCUUCAUGCUCAUGCAGGAGGCUGCUAAGGAGUACGGCUGGAAGCUCAACAAGCCUUCCAUUGCCCUCAUGUGGCGUGGCGGUUGCAUUAUCCGCUCCGUCUUCCUGAAGGACAUCACCGCUGCGUACCGCAGCAACCCCGAUCUCGAGAACCUUUUGUUCGACGACUUCUUCAACAAGGCCAUCCACAAGGCCCAGCCCGGCUGGCGUGAUGUUGUCGCCAAGGCUGCUCUCCUUGGUCUUCCCACUCCCGCUUUCUCCACUGCUCUGUCGUGGUUCGACGGUUACCGCACCAAGGACCUCCCCGCGAACCUGCUCCAGGCUCAGCGCGACUACUUCGGCGCCCACACCUUCCUGAUCAAGCCCGAGUACGCCAGCGAGAAGUACCCCGAGGGCAAGUACAUCCACGUUAACUGGACUGGCCGCGGCGGCAACGUUUCCGCUUCCACCUACCAGGCAUAAAGAAAGAGGUGUGGUAUGGAAUGGGCACGAUAUGAUGGUGAUGAGACGAUCUAGACAUAGGAAACGGUUGCUUCAUUGUUUUGGCAACUAAAGAAAGGGUAAACACGCAAGAUGGAUGAGCCAUGAUGUCCAUUUAUGGUAUGGACUG